AUGUCUCAAGGCGUCCAAAUUAUCAACGGCAAGAAGACCUUCAUUCCACUGGAAAACAACCCGGAGGUCCAUACCCAUCUAUGUAAGAACCUCAGCGUAACAGAUCUCACGUUUCACGAUGUCCUCUCUAUAACACCAGAGAUGUUAUCUUUCAUCCCACGCCCAGUCAACGCUUUGAUCCUCCUCUGCGAUCAACCGAUCUACAAAGCCACCCGCUCGAAAGUGGAACCCACCAUACCAGAGUAUACAGAGUCGGGCGACAAGCCAGUCAUCUGGAUGCGACAGACAAUUGGACACGCAUGCGGAUUGAUGGCACUUCUACACGUCGUGGUGAACUUGGACAACGGGAAUCAUGUCACGGCAGGAUCUGAGCUUAAGAAGCUAGUCGAGCAGGCUGUUCAACUCGGCCCGAAAGAAAGGGCGGAACUUUUGUACAACUCGAAGUUCUUAGAAGAGGCCCAUAUGGAUGCUGCAUCAGAGGGAUCUUCAAUUGUACCGUUACCACAGGAUGAAUGUGGGUUCCACUUUGUUGCUUUUGUUAAGAAAGAUAACAAGGUGUGGGAAUUGAAUGGGGGAUUGAAUGGACCACUUCUCAGGGGUGACUUGGAUAAAGAAGACUUACUGAGUGAUCGAGGCUUGGACCUGACGGUAAGAGAUUUCCUUUGUUCGGCGGAGAAAGAAGUCCAUCGCGGCAUCAGCAUCGUUGCUGUUGUAUGA